GAAUUUGCGUGACAGCCCCGAGCACUCCCCCCCGUCCCAACCCCUCCACCACAGCCCUGAGGCGGCCGCCGCCGCCCAAUCACAGCCCGCCUCCCGCCUCCGCCCCGCCCUCCCGGCCGCUCGGCGCUCUCCGAUUGGCGGCCGGCGCCGCCUCCAUGGCGACGCGGCGGAGGGGCAGCCAACAUGGCGGCCGGCGGGCGCUGCGGGGCCGCGGGCAGGGCGCUGCCGGCCGCCCUCCUCCUCCUCCUGCUGGGCGCCGCCGCCUCGCCCCGCUCCUCGCCCUGCCACCACCGGCCGCCCGGCCGCGGGGAGGUGGUGUACGGCGUGCCCCUGGCCGAGGAUCGCCUCGUCAGGAGGGACGUGGGGCAGCGGCUGCGGAUUAAGAUCGUGUACGACAGGAGCGUGGAGGAUUUGCUGCCAGAGAAAAGGCACCUUAUAAAGAACAAACUUUUUCCACAAGCUAUAUCUUACUUGGAGAAGACUUUCCAAGUGCGCAAAUCAGCAGGUACUAUAUUGCUAAGCAGGCAGUGUGCAACAAACCAAUAUCUAAGGAGGAAAGCUGAUCCUCACAGAUACUGCCGAGUGGCCUGUGCAAACCAUACGAGGUGUGGACCAGUUAUAGUUCCUGAAAAACACCUCCAGCAAUGCAGGGUGUACAAUCAGAACGAACGGCACUUUGGCUUACCUGAUCAAGAAGGGGUUCGAGAUGCUGACUUUGUGCUUUAUGUCAGUGCUCUCACUACUGAAAGGUGUGGCCAUGAAAACAUCAUUGCAUAUGCAGCCUACUGCCAACUGGAAGCUGAAAUGGACAGGCCAAUAGCAGGAUAUGCUAACUUGUGUCCAAACAUGAUCUCAACGCAGGCUCAGGAAUUUGUUGGCAUGUUGUCUACAGUGAAACACGAGAUUAUCCAUGCACUGGGUUUCUCUGCUGGACUGUUUGCAUUUUAUCGUGAUGAUGAUGGAAAACCUUUAACAACAAGAUAUGCAGAUGGACUCCCUCCUUUUAAUGAAAGUCUAGGUUUGUAUCAGUGGAGCGAUAAGGUUGUUCAUAAAGCAGUGAGGUUAUGGGAUGUACGUGGUGGCCAAAUGCUUCGCCAUACUGUUCACCUUCUGGUAACACCUCGUGUAGUUGAAGAAGCUCGUAAACAUUUUAAUUGUCCAAUCCUAGAGGGAAUGGAGCUUGAAAAUCAAGGUGGCAUGGGUACUGAGCUCAAUCAUUGGGAGAAGAGGUUGUUGGAGAAUGAAGCUAUGACUGGAUCCCAUACGCAGAACCGAGUCUUUUCCAGGAUUACCUUAGCAUUAAUGGAAGACACGGGUUGGUAUAAAGCAAAUUAUAGCAUGGCGGAGAAAUUAGACUGGGGACGUAAUAAAGGCUGUGACUUUGUAAUGAAGAGCUGUAAGUUCUGGAUUGACCAAAAGAAACAAAAGAGGCAAUUAAUCAGUCCAUACUGUGACACUUUGAGAAGUAAUCCUUUGCAGUUAACCUGCAGACAGGACCAAAGAGCAGUAGCAGUGUGCAACUUACAGAAGUUUCCAAAGCAGUUACCUCAGGAAUAUCAGUAUUUUGACAAUCUUAACGGAGUACCAGCAGAAGACUUGCCUUAUUAUGGUGGCUCAGUAGAAAUUGCUGACUAUUGUCCCUUCAGUCAAGAAUUCAGUUGGCAUUUAAGUGGUGAAUUUCAACGCAGCUCAGACUGCAGAAUAAUUGAAAACCAACCAGAUCCUACAAAAAACUAUGGUGCAGAAGAAUAUGGACCAAACUCUGUAUGUCUUAUUCAGAAGUCAGCUUUUGUCAUGGAACAAUGCAGGAGGAAACUCAGUUACCCCGACUGGGGUAGUGGGUGUUACCAAGUUUCUUGUUCUCCACAAGGACUGCACGUUUGGGUCAAGGACACUGCUUACUUGUGCAGCCGCUCAGGUCAAGUAUUAACAGUGAGCAUUCAGAUGAAUGGCUGGAUCCACGUUGGAAAUCUGGUUUGUCCAGCCUGUUGGGACUUCUGUGACUCCUGUCCCCCAGAGCGGGAUCCUCCAGCUUCUAACUUAUCAAGAGUUGCACCAAUUGAUUUGUGCUCCUGCUCAUCUAACCUGGUUGUAACCCUUUGGCUGUUGAUGGCUAACUUAAUUCCCCUGCUAACGGGAUUAUUUCUCUGCGCAUAGUUUCAGCAGGGAGCAAGAAGAUGUUCCAAGAUGGUAUACCACAGUGUUGUACUUCUUACUGUGGAGCACUGAGUUUUUUUUGUCUCUGCAGGCAGCUGUCUUCUCCUGAACCUCAUCUCUCCCGGCAAGUAUCAGUGCAGACAGUAGUCGGGGAGUUACUGACAAAAGCAGCCAGAGUUUGAGAGGAGGAAAAUUUACCUUGUCAUCUCAAUAAGUGCCAGUAUUUUCCUGAAUUGCAACCUUUGGUUUUGUCACAGUAAUGAGAUCCACUGUGCCAGCUCUGUUAGACUACCUGGCAACUUGAUCAAGAUUUGAAAUGAGAACUCUUCUGUAGUAGAACUUGGGUUGUUUUUUUGUUAUGUUCUCUGUGUGACCGGUAGCAAAGCAUCCUCAAACUGGAAAUAUACCUCAGUGGUUUAGUCAAAAGCCAUGUGAAAAUCAGUUACUGUUACUGCGAAUAACUCAGACCCAAACAGGUGUGGGAGGUUUUUGUUUGGGUUUUGUCCAUUCUUACAAUGUAUACAAUGUAUAUUACAUUGUAUAUGAGUAAAUUACAAAUCUUACAAUUAUUAUUAUUAUUAUUUAACAUAUUACAAUGUAUAUGAGUAAAAUUAAUUUAAUGGAAUAGACUGGUUGUUGGGAGUUGUUUCCACAACUGGAUUCUGUAGCUUUGAGACUUCUCAGAAUUCAUGUUAGUUUGCAGUAAGUUAUUUACUUCUUGAGGUUCAUGUAAACCUUAGUGAAUGCACAAAGUAGACUUUCAGACUGAUAACCAUGACAACUGUCUAGAAAUCACAUUUUCAUUUAGCAUGUGCCAGUUCUACUGUACAGUGUAAUAACAUUACUCUGAGGAUAUUCAGAAAUUCAAUUUGCUAGGCAAAUGCAUUUUAUUACUGAUGCCAGUCUGUAAAAUUGGGGUAGGUUUUAUUUUAUUUUUCUUAAUAAUGGCAUUAUUUCUUUAAUAAUAUGAUCAUAAAUACAUUUGUUUCACUUUUUGCUGAAGGCCAAGCCAGUAGCUAUGGCAGCUAUAAUGUUAUAGAACUAUACUGACUCCUCUAGGCCAAAAAUGAGUACGUAAAGAAAUGUCUAAUCUGUCUUUUUUUCCCCUUUUCUUGGACAUACAGUUGAUUAUUUCAAAUAAUUCAUAGUAUUUGGAUUAUGUUAGAGAAUCAGACACUUUGAACCACACAAGGGCACACCUUGGUACAAAAUUCAUCUUUUGGAGGAUAAAAUCUACCUGAGGUAGGAAAUGAGCAAAAUCUGUCUUGCGGAGGACAGCUGCUCUCUACAACACUUGUGAAGGUGUUUUUCUUUGUUUCUGACCCUAGAUGACAUGUUACAAAUAAUCCUGCUUAGCAUAAAAGAAAGUUAUGUGGUCCAAUCCAUUGUCUGUCCUGUUUGUCCAAUUUCAUUCUUGAGAAGGUACUAAACCUGAGGGAGCAGAUGGGCCACGUGCACUGAAAAUACAAAGGUGAGGAGAAGGAUGAUGAUACACAACUUGUUUAAGGCUUGAUCCCCUUCUAAUACGGAAGGGGCAGGGAGUAAAAUUUCUUUAGCUACAAUUAAGCUUGUUUAAUAAGAACUUCCAUUGUAAUCAUAAGGACACUGAAGAAAAUCUUUGUGCCUACCAGAUUUUUUUUAAAGAUGCUUUUAUGACACUGCUGAGGUGAAUAAGCUGCAACCUAAAACUGUCUGAGGGCAUCAUGGUUGAGAGAGUACCUUGCACUGGGCUAGUUCCCCUUCUUAACUGCAGGUUAUGCACAGUUUGCUUUGCAUUAAACAAGGCCUAGCUUAGCCUUAAAUAGGUGUUUCUGAGAAGCAAUACAAAUUAGGGAUCAAAUGCUUUAAACGUGUACAAGUUUGAAUUAAGAAACACUCAGAUUAGUAGGUGAACACUGAUAAUUUUAAUAUAUGCACAAUCAACAGUCAGUAUAAAUGGAUUCAUUGAAAGCGUAAAGGUUUGAGAAUAUAUAUUAGGUCCCAGAGGUUGUGAUUGUCUCUUGUCUGGUGUGCAAUAAUACAGGUUAAAUGGUAUCACUCAACAACAACACUUUUUAUACUUGAAAAGAAAUUACUGGUUAUUUUUUCUUACUGUGGAAUAUUUGCACUGUCUGAAUUUUCUGGUUAAAUUUAUAACUGUUAAACGUUUUUAAAUGGUGUUUAUUUAUUGCGCUUGGUAUUUGAUAUGCUAGUCUGUGUAAGUGAAGUGUUAUAUUUAAGUGAAUUUUUUUUUAUCUUCUACGCAGUUGUUUAUCUUGAGGGCUUUUCUUCUCUCUUCCUGAGAAUUAACUGAAAACUGAAAGAUGGCUUGAAACAUUGAUGCUUACCUACUUCUGAAUUGUAUACAUUCAAUUAAAGAAAGAGGCUGUAAUGCGUUGUACCUACAGGGAAAAUCUGUCUGGCUGUCAGUGUCCGUGUAGUCAGCUUCACCGGUACCUACCUGCUGAAUAGCUGCAUUAGUGAGUCCAGCGAAGUAAAACUACUAAAGCCUUAAUAAUCUGAGAUUUCAGUUGUAAUUUCUUUGACAUGCAGUCCUUAAACUGGCUGUGAACUACAGAAUUGGAAGUGACUUUAGGGGACUGGGGAGGGAAGGUUAAGGUUUGCAAAAGCCAGCGGGUUACCUUCUGUCAGUAAGCUAGCAGCUGUAGCCUUGUGGGAACUGCCAAGAAAUGUGUCACGUUCACUUUCAGGUACGAAUGAAUUCGUGACUGUCAAACGAGUUCGAGUAAAGCUGCCUACCUCAGUUCUGUUUGUCUUUCACUUAAGCUUCUAACCCGCUGUUGUGAACUUCCAAGUCUUAAGAUGAAUUAAGGAAAAACAUGUCUCAGGUUUUUAAGAGCAAAACAGUAGGGAGCAUAAGCCAUUUUUUGAGUGUAGAGCACAGCUAAAAUUGUAGCUUAAAGCAACCAUUUGUAUAGCCUUAAGCACGGUUUCCCCAGUAAAAGUGAAUACCAGUUUUAAAUAAAAACAAAGUUUGCAGGCAGCUACUUUCAGUUUCCUGAACAUAUAGGGGUAAGUCCAUCAUAUUGAACCUCUUACAUGUGAAAUCUUUUAAAUAAAGCCCAAAUAGGCUUUUGUGUGUUCACCAGACUAGCUAGCAUUAUUCCCAGGACUUUUGCUGCCCUAAGAAAUAAACAAAUCGUUUAUCUGCAGCCAAACCAUGCCCACUGCUUUAAUGUGAAAACACGUUCCAUGUUUCUCUAUGGUAGUAAAUUAGUCUUGCAGCCUUUUUUUGUCCCCCCCCCCAGCAGUUCACGUUUCUAAUAUUUCAAUUAGAAGUCAAGGCUAUUAACACUUCAGGAAAAAGUUUUCUAGUGCUUCAAACAAUUACAAAGAGGAAGGAUUGCUUUCGGCUGGAGUAUGCAGUGAGUAAAUAACACAGAAAAGCAGGCAAUUCAUUUCUUUUUGAAAUGAGGUCUUGGGAGACUGUUAAGGCCUCAGAUAUAGGUGAACUACCAAAACGGAACUUUGACUCCUCCCAUUAAUUAACUGCUGGUGCAACACAACUCGUUAUUUUUGUUGUGCUCUAGUAAAUUAGGAAGGUUGAUGUCACCUGAGAGCAGACACACCAACAAUCCCUUGCUUGCAAGGGCCAGUUGUUUUUAAAUCUUCCUGUCCUGCGAAUCUUUCUGCUUUCAGUAGAGAGGAAUGCGUGUGUCCUUUCUUCCCCACGCUUCCUGUGAAUGACUUUCAGCCGAGCAGGUCAACAUCUUUCCCAUGCAAGAUCUAACAACCAGCUUUUGCUUGGCUGAGUGCUUGGGUGAACACUUGCACAUAUCGCUCUCUGGGACUGGGGUCUAUUUUGUAUAUUAAAUGAUGUGAUCUUACGCCACCAGGGUUCCAAGUGCAAAUGUUACCCUUUUAAUGUGAAGCUUACCUUGGAGAUAAAACAACUGUUUUGAGAGAACUGGCUGACUUUGAAUAUGCUUCCUAUUUUGGUACAGAAUGUAAAUAUAGAACAAACUAUUUUACUUAGAUUUUGACUGGAUUGAGAUAUAAGGGCUAAUUUUGUUAUUUAUGAAGUAAAAGUUGUCUUAUUUUACUGUGUAAAAGUAUGUCAUACAAAAGAAAAAAAUAUGUCAAUCAAUAAAAAUGUCUGUAGAAAACUGA